AUGAGAGCCUCUUGUAUCUAUCUUACUUCCGCCUUGUGUAUGGGGGCUGUUGCCUAUGACACCCCGUACGCCAUGAGCACGUCUGACUUUUCUGGAAUUUCCGGGGACUCGUACCAGUGCGAAAAUAGAAUGAAACCUUCAGUCACUUGUACGGACCCGGCACUAAACAACGACACCUGCUCGUGCACUUGCACAAACGGCAUCAUCUUCAACCAGCCUGUUCCAUCACCUAGUCAGAACAACGGGGGCAACGAUGCUUCACUCGACACAUGUCAGGCGGAAAAGGAUCAAUACAUGGAGCGCGAGCGAGAGGCGAUGGAUAAACUUAAUGAGGCAGAACAGGCGCAUGCUACUCGUGAGAAACAACUCUUAGACGAACUCACUUCGGUACGACAGGCACAUGCUACCCGGGAGCGGUACUUGUUAACCGAGGCGAACACCUGCUGGCCUCUCACCCGAUUCAAGUAUCAGGGCUGCUACUUCGAUUCCAACGACAGACUGAUUAACGACUUGCUUACCAACGACAAUACUAUGACG